UUUCUCCAACCAAAUUAAUUAAAAUCAUUAAUUGUGUGCUCAUAAUUUAUUAGAAGGAAAAGAAAGAAAGAAAGAAAGAGAGAGGAGGAUGAAUUUGAGCCUGUUCUAGUAGCACUGCGGAAUAAAAGAAUUCAAAGACAAAAUUAUCUUCUUCUAACACAAUUUGAUCGUUCUAUUAAAUUUUACUGCAUAAGAAUUGCCUACUAGAGGGAGACGGGGAAGAGAAGAGAGAAACAUAAUUGUCUUUAAGGGUUUUUACUUCUUGCUGUACUGUGGGCGGAAGAUGUUCGAUGAAAUGCCAAUUUGUGAGGUACUGGAACCUUUUGACGAAUUAGCUUCCGUCUCUGAAAAUCUAGUUCAAAUUGAGAAGCACUGGGGUGGUUCACAUUUCACAACUUCUCCUGCAGAGGGUAAAGUGGCAAUUCAAGUGUUUCAUCUGCUUGUAGAGAAUAUCAGAAGCACAAGAAAAGGCUAAACAGCUUGAGCUAGGAUUACAAAGAGUUGCUGGAGCAUUAGUAGACACUGAAUCUCAAAAUGUGAAGUUAAAGGAUGAAUUGUCACUCACAAAAGAGACUGCUUCCUGCAGAGGCGGACCCGUAAUUUUUAUGCGAAGGGGCACAAUAUUCUACUUUCUAGUGUUCAUGGUGCCAAGUGAUUUAAAUUAACAAUUUUCAAGGUAUAUUCAUAUAUGUAUACAAGAUUUCUGCCGAUACUUACAGGUCCGGUGACCCCUCACUAUAACACAUAGGUCCGCCUCUGGCUACAUGAGACUGUCAAGGAAUUUGGAGAGCUUGUAGAAAUUGCAAAAGCAGAUUGUAGAAAAAAAAAAUUGAUGACACUGAGCUUAAUGCAUUGUAGAAGGCAUUUCAAGCUCAAGAAUCGAAUACUGAGGAGCAUGUAAAUUUUAAGGAGGCAUUCGAUAAACUUAUCCUCAAAUUUGAAUGCUCAAAGAAGAAGAUGGAAGAGCUUGAGCAAGAGCUUCUGACUUCUGCAGGUACUUUCUUGGCCAUUCUUCACCUAUUUCUCAAACAAACAAGAGCUGAUAACAGCUUAAUCUUGGUUGCUGAACUUUAAGCGGUCAAAAGGUCUUGAGAACUUGAGAGGAAGGGAAGGAGAAGCUACUUUGACUCGAGCAGUGAAGAUUACAUAAAUGGAAAGAGGAAAAGAAAAAGAAGGAGAAGGAGAGAAAGGGGAAGCAAGCAACUCAUUGAUGUCAUCUGCUGUACUUCGCAAGGACAUUGUAAAUCUUCUGGAUUUCAUAGAGAGGUUAAAGAACGAAGAAGAUCAAAUUGCUCUUGACAUGGAUCAAAUUGAAAAGCUGAAAUUGGAGCUGACAUUUAUGUCAACAUUUCUUCAGCUUUCUUAUUUCAAUUUGGAUGGUUUUAGUGCCAAAAUGUCUCGCAAAGCACAACAGGUUGAUGAUAUGGUUCAGUCAGUUUUCUAUAGGAGUGGAGAUGACUUCUUGGUUAAAUAUGAUAUGGACCGCGUUGUUCCUCACAUCCUGGAAAAUAUCAAAAGUUAUAUCAGCUCACAUCAUUAUCCUGAAUCAAGUGCCACCAUGACUGAGGCGCAGUUGGUUGAACUUUUAGACGCCCUCCUUGUGAAUCUCCAUGAUCUACCCAAGUGUUGUGCCAAGCUGAUUUUGCCAUUAAUGACUCAAUAUGAGCUUCUCCGGGAUAUAUGUGGAAAUUUAAGAGAUUUUCUUGUGCUGAAAGUAAAUGGUUAUGUUGAGCAUGAGACAGUUGAAUAUGUCUUACCUCAGUUUCAACUUAUGGCUGAGAGAGUAGGGCACUUCUGUUUUGACCUUUUGUCUUGUCAACUUGAUGAAAUAGAUGAAGCAGAUGAUUCAGAUGAAAUAUAUGAUUCUGAUGAAAUAGAUGAAGCAGAUGAUUCAGAUGAAAUAUAUGAUUCUGAUGAAACAGCUGAACCUCAUGAAACAGAUGAUCCUGAUGAAAUAUAUGAUUCUGAUGAAAUAGAUGAAGCAGAUGAUUCAGAUGAAAUAUAUGAUUCUGAUGAAACAGCUGAACCUCAUGAAACAGAUGAUCCUGAUGAAAUAUAUGAUUCUGAUGAAAUAGAUGAAGCAGAUGAUUCAGAUGAAAUAUAUGAUUCUGAUGAAACAGCUGAACCUCAUGAAACAGAUGAUCCUGAUGAAAUAUAUGAUUCUGAUGAAAUAGAUGAAACAGCUGAACCUCAUGAAACAGAUAGUCCUGAUGAAAUAUAUGAUUCUGAUGAUAUACUCCAUGAAGUCAAUUCCAUGAUAGUUCAUCUAUUUUUGAAGAUUAUUCCUGUUGAACUGGAGGUUAUGCACAUAUGUUCCACAUAUUUGAAAGCUUCAAAGUCAGCAGAAGUUGGACGCUUCAUUAAGCAUCUCUUAGAAGCCUCUCCGGGCAUUCUUAGAGAAUAUCUAAUUGUUCUACAAGCGCACAUGGUAAAUGUUCUUACUGCUAGCACUAUUGCUCGAAACAUUCAUGUCAUGAUGGAGUUCCUAUUAAUUAUUCUCAUAGAUUUGCCCAAGGAGAACUUCUCUGGUCUCUUAACACGUGUUGGAGCACUUACCAUGAAGGUAUCCAUUCUUGUUCGCAACUUAGAAGAUAAAUCAAGGAACGGCGAGAAUAUGAGUGAAACUAACUGUGCAACUCUAGACUUGUUGGAAAGUAUUGAACUCAUGAAGGAAGAUCUCAAACAUGUUUUCCUAAAAGCCCCUGCAGACUCAUCUCAACUCUGCUUCCCCAUGAGUGACGGACCACUCUUCAUGACUCUUCUACUCAAAAAAUUAAAUGACUUGCUCAAUUCUAAUGUUUGUUCAGUUGCUUUGAUAAAGAAAGAAAUUGGGCUAGUGAAAGAAGACUUAGAAUUUAUUAGAUCGAUCUUCGGGAAUGUUGAGCAAGAAUUGAAUAGAGAUCUUUGGACUCGUGUUCUAGAUGUGGCAUAUGAGGCAGAACAUUCCAUUAAAUCAAUUCUUGUCAGAGACCAUGGUCUCUUGCAGCUUAUCUUCUUGCUUCCUGCUGCCGUAGAAAAGAUCAAGCGCAUCAAAAAAGAGGUACUAGAGAAGAUCUCCAAGAACAAGGGUCUUAUUGUUGUGAACUCUCUCAACAAGUUAGUGAAAAGAAAAUCAUCAACAGCUGGCCAAAUAAUUGUAGGUUUUAAGGAGGAGACAGACUGGAUAAUUAGGAAGCUCACCAGUGAACCAGGUAAAGAAGAUGUCAUUUCCAUAAUUGGUAUGCCAGGAGUCGGAAAAACUACUUUGGCUUACAAAGUAUAUAAUGAUAAAUCUGUUGUUGAUCAUUUUGACGUUCGUGCUUGGUGCACAGUUGACCAAGAGCGCAAUGUGAAAAAGUUGUUGCAGGAAAUUUAUAAUCAAGUUGUUGGUUUGGGAAAAAGAUUCAGCGAGGAUGACAUAGAUGAUGACGUUGCUGAUAAGCUACGGAAACAACUGUUUGGAAAAAGGUACCUUAUUGUCUUGGAUGACUUGUGGGAUAAUGCAACAUGGGAUGAGCUAACAAUGUCUUUUCCUGUACGUAAGAAAGGAGGCAGAGUUAUUUUAACUAGUCGAAAAAAGGAUGUGGCUUUGCAUGGAAAACUCCACUCUGAUCCUCUUAGCCUUCGAUUGCUAAGACUAGAAGAAAGUUGGGAGUUAUUAGAGAAAAGGGUAUUCGGAGAAGAACAUUGCCCUGAUGAACUAAAGGAGGUUGGAGAAAAAAUAGCCCGAACCUGUGAUGGGCUGCCAUUGGUACUUGAUCUGAUCUGUGGAGUUCUUGCACGGAAGGAAAAGAAAGAGGCUUCGUGUCUUGAAGUUCUAAAUAACUUGAAUUCCUUUAUUUUUAAGGAUGAAGAGGAAGUGAUGAAGGUUGUACAAUUAAGUUAUGACCAUUUACCAGAUCACCUUAAGCCUUGCUUGAUUUACCUUGCAAGCUAUCCAAAGGACGAAGAUAUUGAAAUUUCUGAAUUGAAAGCUUUAUGGAGUGCCGAAGGACUUGUGGAACAAAUUGAGAUGAAGAGUGUGGAAGAAGUACUGGAGGUUUAUGUGGGUGAGUUAAUUUCCAGUAGCUUGGUAAUAGCUUUCAAUGAGAGAGGUUGGGGCCAGAGUUGCAAAAUCCAUGAUCUUGUGCAUGAUUUUUGUUCCAUAAAAGCUAGAAAGGAAAAGUUGUUUGACUUCACAAAUUCAAAUGCUCCAUUGUCGUCUUCCUCUUCUUCUUCUUCUUCUUCUUCUUCUUCUUCUUCUUCUUCAGAUUUGAUGCCACGUGGAAUGACCAUUCAUUAUGAUCAUCCGGAUGAAAAUGUUGUCCUGUUCAAUCCAGAAAAGAAAAAUCCUUAUGUUAAACACCUCCUCUCGUUGAAGGUAAUCGUGGAAGAUGGGAAGGACACUUGUCUUUCCUACAGUUGUCACCUACAACACUUGAGGCUUCUUAAAAGGUUGGAGCUGCGCAACAUAAGAUUGACAGAUUCCUUGCUGAAUGAAAUAGGCAUGCUUUUUCAUUUGAGGUAUUUAAACAUUUGGACGGAGACAGAAGCUCUCCCUCCAUCAUUUUCAAACCUAUGUAAUCUAGAAACUCUGGUGGUGGCAAAUUGGGGAUCAAGGAUGGUAGUAUCACCUAGUAUUUGGAGUCUAGCAAAGCUACGACGUUUUAACAUUGAUAGUUGUACUUUCUUUGAUUGGGAUGAUGACGGCGAACCAAAAGUGUUAGAAGAGGACUGGAAGUUAGAGAAUUUGAGAAUUUUAGAUAAGUUCAGUUUUUCCUAUUUGGAUGACACAGAGGAUAUUUUAAAAAGGUUUCCUAAUCUUCGAAGCCUUACAUGCGAAAUUAGCGGACCAUGGGAUUUUUCAGAGGAGGUUUAUUUUCCAAGAUUGGAUGUCCUUAAUGAACUUGAAGAAGUCUCCGCAUGGUUUCAGUGUCGUAAGUGUUCACAUGCACAUCAGUGGGAUUUUCACUUCCCUUUGAGCUUGAAAGAAUUGGACUUGAAGGGGUUUGAUCUUUCAUCUGAUUCACUGUCAGGAAUUGCGAGAAUACCCAACCUUCAAAUCCUGCAUCUAAGAAACGCAAUCAUCGAGGGGAAAGAAUGGAACAUGGAAGAAGUCACCUUCGAGAAUCUCAGAUCGCUGAAACUGGAAUCAGUGUCUUUUUCUGAAUGGCAGGUUGGAGAGGAAUCCUUUUUCCUCCUCGAGGAAUUACAUAUACAAUGGUGUGAUGAGCUUAUGGAGAUCCCGGAAAGUUUUGGGGAUAUUGCUUCAUUAAAGUCCAUCUACCUGGUUGGCAACCGUCAACUUGUAGAUUCAGCCAUAAAGGUUAAGAAAUAUGUUUCAGAAAUGACGGGAGAAGACAAGCUUGAGGUAAAGUUGAAUGCGGUCAUCUUACGUCCUUAUGACCAGCCAAAUCUCAAGCGCGUAUAAAGGAAGAGCAUACGAUUUGUAGUACAUCAACCUGUUGAGGCUUCAAAUGAUGGACUGAUCCUCAGACUUUUUUGCCUUCUUUCAGCUGUUUCUUUUCCAAACUUCCCUUUUGAAUCACUAACUUUUGUUUCCCUGUAUGGUAUAAAGUGAACCUGUUUUUUGGUAGCUUGUGUUGAAAUAUCAUGCCUAACAUUUGUUGCUCUUUUAUAGUUUCAAAAGAAAAUGUAGCAAGUUCCAAUCUCA